UGUUCAAACCUCCCCUCUCUCAAUCUCAGCUGUAAGAGGCUCUAUUUAGGGGAGAGGUUUUUGUUCCGGAGAUUGUUGGAUAUUGUAGAGGUUUGAAGACUUGAAGGCGAAGGGAAAACUUCCCAGGAAAAGAGAGAUUAUUGGAUUUCAGGUCUUUUGAGGACUGAGUUUUUCUUAGAGCUUAAUUUAUGGAUAACAAUAAUUGGAGACCUACUCAAGGGGAGCCUAACAUAGAUGGCAGCGAUUGGAGAAGCCAACUUCAACCUGAUUCUCGUCAGAGGAUUGUGAAUAAAAUAAUGGAGACUUUGAAGAAGAACCUUCCAAUUGCUGGCCCAGAAGGGUUACAAGAACUUAGGAAAAUUGCUGUAAGAUUUGAAGAAAAGAUAUAUACUGCUGCAGCAAGCCAGCCAGAUUAUCUACGGAAGAUAUCUCUAAAGAUGCUGACAAUGGAGACAAAAUCUCAAACUCCUGGUGUGCCUGGUUCCUUACCGGCAAACCCUGCUGUUGGUAACCAAAGUCCGCCAGAUCCAGGAUCCCAAAAUAUGCAGCCCCCAAUGCGGAACCAGGGGCAGACACUUCCAAUGCCAGUGGCUAAUCAGUCAAGGCAACAGAUGCUGGGCCAGAGCAUUCAAAAUCCCAUUGCAUCUGCUGGAAUGCAGAAUUCUGCAAGCCUGCCAUCUGUGCUACCAUCUAUGAGCAGUCUAACUCAGAGCACCAUGUCAAGUGUUGGUAGCCAGACUUCUAAUUUGCAGAGUGUGGCAGGCAUGUCACAGAACCCUGGAAGUAAUUCACUGGCCCAAGGACUGUCCUCAAAUAUGUUUUCCAAUUCCCAGCGGCCAAUGCAAGGAAAGCAGCAUCUACAGCAGCACCAGCAACAGUCUCAAAAUCCACAGCAGUAUCUUUACCAGCAACAGUUUCAACAGCAACUUUUGAAGCAGAAGUUUCAGCAGGGAAAUAUGCAGCCUUCAGUAAUGCAAUCACAUAUCCAGCAGCAACAGCAGCCACAGCAGAAUCUAUUACAGACAACUCAGAUGCAAUCUUCGCAGCAGUCUCUUAUGCAAAUGUCAUCUGGUUUGCCUUCAAGCCAGUCCACUCUUCAGCAGACACAGCCUUCUAUGAUGCAAUCGACUCCACUUCCAGGCCUUCCACAGAAUCAGCAACCUUCUAUUCAACAGCCGACAGCAUCUGUGCUUCAGCAACAUCCGCAAUCAGGCCUCAGGCAUCAGCAACAGUCUCAACAAUCUGGGCACCAACAAACGUCCAUUCUUAAUCAACAGCAAGCAUCACUGUCUCAGCCAUCAAUGUUGCCCUCCCAGCAGCAACAACCAUUAAUAGGGCAACAAACAAAUGCAGCAAACAUGCAACAGAAUCUGUUACUCGGACAGCAAAGCAGUGUCCCAGACAUGCAGCAGCCACAGCAGCAGCAGCAACAACAGCAGCAGCAGCAGCAGAGGUUGCUAGCCCAAGCCCAGCAAAAUAAUCUGUCAAACAUGCAACAACAGUUAGGCUCACAAAGUAAUGUUUCUGGGCUACAACAGCAGCAGCAGCAGCAUCAACUGCUUGGAGCUCAAUCUGGUAUUUCAAACAUCCAGUCAAAUCAGCAUGCAAUGCAGAUGUUACAAGCCAAGGUUGCAGUACAGCAGCAACAAACCCAUCAAACAUCAUCGACCUUGUUACCAACACAAGGGCAACAACCACAAUCACAACUUUCACAGCAGCAAAUGAUAUCUCAGCUCCAAUCGCAACCUGGUCAACUGCAACAACAAUUGGGGUUGCAACAACAGCCUAAUUCGUUACAAAGAGACGUGCAGCAGAGGAUUCAAAGUUCAGGUGGCUUGGUUCAGCCUCAGAAUGUUGUUGAGCAGCAGAAACUAUUGCAGUCACAAAGAAUUCUUUCGGAGACUUCAUCAACAUCAAUAGAUUCUACAGCUCAGACAGGACAAAAUUGUGAUUGGCAAGAAGAGGUCUAUCAAAAGAUUAAGGCAAUGAGGGAAAUGUAUUUACCAGAACUGAAUGAAAUGUACCAGAAGAUUGCUGUCAAAUUCCAGCAGCAAGAUGCUCUUCCACAGCAAACAAACAAGGACCAAAUUGACCGACUCAAAUUUUUCAAGGGUUUGGUGGAGCGCAUGAUAACUUUUUUACAAGUGUCUAAAAAUAAUGUAGUACCUGCUUACAAGGACAAGCUGGGUGCAUAUGAGAAGCAGAUCCUUAAUGUUCUUAAUUCACAUAGGCCCAAGAAACCUGUUUCCUCACAAAUGCAAGGACAGCAGCACCUUCAGCCACCUGGUGGUCAUCCGCACUCCAUGCAGCAGCAACAACAGCAGCAGCAGCAGCAGCAACAGCAACAGCAGCAGCAGCAGCCACAGCCACAGCCACAAUCUCAACUUUCUCAAUUGCAACAGCAUGACAACCAAAUGAAUUCUCAAAUGCAAUCAAUUAACUUGCCAGCUUCAGUAACGUCAAUGCAGCCAACAUCUGUGUCUAGCAUGCAGCAUGGUUCAUUACCAUCUUUAUCAGGUCAUUUAGGGGUUCCAAGUGGGCAGCCAAACAUGAUGAGUUCACUGCAGCCUACUUCUAAUUUGGAGUCGGGACAAGGAACUUCAUUGAGUUCAUUGCAGCAGGGCGUUGUCAAUUCUCUUCAACAAAAUACUGUGAGCAUGCCCCAACAGGCAAACAUUAACACAUUGUCACAAAGUGGAGUGAAUACAUUACAGCCUAAUAUUAAUACCCUUCAGCCAAAUUCCAAUAUGCUCCAACACCAGCAUCUGAAGCAACAACAGGAACAACAAUUGAUGCAAACACAACAGCUAAAGCAGCAAUUUCAACAGCGCCAGAUGCACCCACAAUUGACUCAACAACAGAAGCAGCAGAUAUUGCAGCAGCAGCAGCAACAACAGCAGCAACAACUACAGCAGCAGUUCCAGCAGCAACAACAGCAGCAGCAGCAGUUACAACAACUAAAGCAGCAGCAGUCUGCACCAUUGCAGGCACACCAAAUUCCUCAGCUUCAUCAGAUGAAUGAAGUCAAUGACUUGAAGGUGAGGCAAGGCAUGGGUGUUAAACAAGGAAUUUUUCCACAACACCACUCAGCAGGCCAGCGCUCAACAUUUCACCAACAGUUGAAAACAGGUGCUCCAUUUCCUAUUUCUUCUCCCCAACACCUUCAAGCUGCAUCCCCACAAAUUUCUCAGCAUUCUUCCCCACAGAUUGACCAGCAAAGUCUGCUAACAUCACUUUCAAAAGCUGAAACGCCUCUGCAAUCGACAAACUCGCCCUUCAUUGUUCCUUCUCCUUCCCCUCCUAUGGUACCAUCUCCUAUGCCAGGGGAUGCUGAGAAACAAACUUCUGGUGUUUCUUUGCUCUCAAAUCCAGGGAAUAUAGGACAUCCACAAACAACUGUUGCACAUGCCCCUCCCCAGUCCCAAUCCCUAGCCAUUGGCACACCAGGUAUAUCAGCUUCUCCAUUGCUUGCCGAAUUUACUAGUCAGGAUGGAAAUCAUGGUACUGCGUCGGCAAUUGUUUCUGGCAAGUCAAGUGUUACAGAGCAGCCUCUGGAGCGUCUAAUGAAAGUGGUAAAAUCGAUGCCAUCUAAAGCUCUCUGUUCCUCUGUCAGUGACAUUGGGUCAGUUGUGAGUAUGAUUGAUAGGAUAGCAGGAUCAGCACCUGGUAAUGGAUCAAGAGCUGCUGUUGGGGAGGAUUUGGUAGCUAUGACAAAGUGUCGUUUGCAAGCAAGGAACUUCAUCUCACAAGAUGGAAGUGCAGCAACAAAGAAAAUGAGACGCAACACAAGUGCUAUGCCCUUGAAUGCUGUAUCAUCAGCUGGUAGUGUUAAUGAUAGUUUCAAGCAAUUAAAUGGUCUUGAAACAUCUGACUUGGAGUCAACCGCGACAUCAAGAAUCAAGAGGCCUAGGAUUGAGGCAAACCAUGCGCUGUUGAAAGAGAUCAGAGAGAUAAACCUGCAGCUUAUAGAUACAGUGGUGGAUAUCAGCAAUGAGGAUGUUGAUCCAACUGCAGCUGCAGCUGAAGGUGGUGAAGGAACCAUUGUCAAGUGCUCCUUCAGUGCAGUGGCUCUCAGUCCAAAUUUGAAGUCGCAGUAUACUUCAGCACAAAUGUCCCCCAUUCUGCCUUUAAGGUUGCUUGUCCCCACAAAUUAUCCGAAUUGUUCUCCUAUACUUCUAGACAAGUUACCGGUAGAGCUGAGUAAGGAAUAUGAAGAUCUCUCGGUAAAAGCAAAAUCGAAGUUCAGCAUAUCCCUCCGCAGCCUUUCACAACCAAUGUCACUGAGUGAGAUGGCAAAGACAUGGGAUGUUUGUGCUCGUGCAGUUGUGGCCGAAUAUGCACAACAGAGUGGAGGGGGAAGCUUCAGCUCAAGAUACGGUACUUGGGAGAACUGUGUGAGUGCUGCUUGACAUUCUGUUGUCUGCAUUUUAAUCGAGUGAAUUACGUCAAGGGGGAAGUGGUUCAGGGCAGAGAGAUGAGAGUGAUCCUCUCUAUACACUACCUAUGAUGGCUGCUGCUAAUUGAAUCAGCUACUGAUAAAAUGGUUUGAGUGGCUGGCUAUAUUUUUAUCUGAAGUGCUUCAAGUCCAAGGAGAAUGAUGUAGCUUAAAAAGGCUGAU